UAAUUGUUGUUGGACUUGUUUGGUCAGUCUACGAAUAUCUUUCAAAUUGGGGUUUUUCUUGUGAAGUGUUUUAGUUUUCUCUUUCGUGGUUGUGGACUAACACCAAGUUAUGGGCCUUUUGUCCACUGGUCACCCGCUGUCUUGGAAAGCAAGCCAACCUUAUAUACGGGAAGUUAAAAGAAAAGGCAUCCGGCAGUUUAUUCAUGUAUAUUGUGCAACAAAAAAUCGAAAGGAUGACUGUUUACGCUGGGGAGAUGAAGUAGAGUAUACGGUCCUCCAUGUGGAUAAGUCUAGACGCAAAAUGUCACUGUCACUAAGGGCGCCAGAAAUCUUGCAAGAACUACAGAAGCAAGAACACUCACAACCUGAAGGUUCUUCGGUCGAAGUACUUUGGAGACCGGAAUAUGCGAACUGGAUGGUGGAAGGAACUCCUGGUGUGCCAUAUCGUUGUUUUGCAGGCGAUUUAGAACUAGUGGAGCAAAAUAUGAUGUUGAGGCGAUUGGAAAUUUUUUCAGUUUUAGAGAAAAAUGAAAUUGUGCUAAGCAUAACAGCAUUUCCUUUAUUAGGUGUAGGUAACUUUACAUCUCCUACAGAACCUGUCCUAGGACCGGCUUCCCUUUCUCUUUAUGUACCGGAUGCAGCUAUUAAUCCACAUCCUCGCUUUCCAACUCUAACUAGGAACAUACGACACAGAAGAGGAAGGAAAGUAGACAUUCGGAGACCAGUAUACCAGGACGAAAAGACAGAUAGAGAGUUUCCAGUGCUUCCUCGAUGUCUUGCUCACCAAAAUGGUUGCAGUGGUGGAACAAAUAGUCAUCAUUCGUUGACUAAUAGUAGUACAACAGAUUCUGAGAUAGAGAAAGAGGAUAUGCUUGAUUUGGAGCAACUUGCAAAGGAGACUACCUCGGAUAUCUAUAUGGAUUGUAUGGCUUUUGGUAUGGGUUGUUGUUGUCUGCAAGUUACUCUUCAAGCCAAGGAUAUGGAUGAAAGUCGUUAUCUUUAUGAUCAGUUGGCAGUCUUUGCACCAAUCAUGUUGGCACUGACAGGAGCAACACCCAUACUGAAAGGAUACUUGCUAGAUACCGACUCUAGAUGGGAUAUCAUUUGUGGAGCUGUAGAUGACCGCACAUUAGAAGAAAUGCGCCAUGGACCCAGAAAGUCUCGAUAUGACUCCAUCGAUUUAUUCGUAUCUUCAAGAAAGGAAAUGAUUCCAGAACGUUAUAACGAUGUGGAGGCAUUAUUGGAUGAAGAUUCGUAUCGCAUGUUGUUGGAAAAUGGAGUUGAUGAAAGACUUGCAAAGCAUAUUGCUCAUUUGUUUAUUCGUGACCCGUUGGUAAUCUAUGAAGAAUCUAUGAAUGCACAAGAUGAACAUUCUACAGAGCAUUUUGAAAAUAUACAAAGUACUAAUUGGAAUACGGUUAGACUGAAGCCUCCUUCUCUGGAAUCGAAUGCUGGAUGGAGGACAGAGUUUCGUCCCAUGGAAGUGCAGUUUACUGACUUUGAAAAUGCCGCUUUUGCAGUAUUCACUGUAUUGGUAUCCAGAGUUAUUAUAGCUUUUGAUUUGAACUUUUAUAUUCCUAUUUCCCUUGUUGAUCGAAAUAUGAAAGCAGCGCAAUGCAGAGAUGCUGUUAUUCAACAAAAAUUUUACUUUAGAAGAAAUGUCUUCGCCGACAAUUCUCAUGUACCGGAUCGUUUCAAAUGCGCCUGUGGACGAACUCACAAACCUCGCUUUUCUUCUUCAGUUCAAGAAUGUUGUCUUACCGCCUGUUCAUCUUGCUCGGAUUGUGAGCCUAUGACUAUUGACCAAAUUAUUAAUGGCAAAUCAGUCGAUGAACUUCAUAGCAAUCAUAAUUUUGCUUUUCCUGGAUUGAUUUCCCUCAUAAGAGGAUAUCUGGACGCCAUUGAAUUACCUCCUGAAAGCUCUGUGAAAAUAGGCAACUAUCUCGACUUUAUUUCAGCCAAAGCUAAAGGAGAGUUAUUGACUACUGCAAGCUGGAUUAGAAAAUUUGUGUGCAAUCAUGAAGCGUAUCGUCAUGACUCUGUCAUAAAUGAACUUAUAUGUUACGAUUUAUUGAAGGCCAUUCACGAUAUAACUUCUGGUAAGCGAAUAGAAAGUGAACUGCUUGGAGAUUUCUAUCAAGGAAAUGGGGAGUGUCAUGAGAUCUCUGCAGAAAUGUUACAAGAAAUGAGAACUAAGGUAGAAAAGGGACCAACUUUAAUGGCCUCCAAAGAUAUUUUUCAAAGACUCCAUAAUCUAGCUAGUUUAUCGGAUGAUGCUUUAGUGGAAAUGGAGGGUCGAGUCUCGUCGAACACAGAAUACAGUUGAAUCAGCUGAUACCUUUCCAAGAGAGUUUCUAGUUUUCUUCUCGAUUGGAAGCCUUGAAAGUUUAUAGGAAUUUCGAGAUUUGCAGUUGGAAUAAAAAGUUUGUCUCUAGUAAUAUGAAAAUAUCAUGACUUGGUUACUAUUCGAGACCUUAGAUUUCUAUCAUAAGCUCCGCAUGUCGUACAAAAAGUUUGCAUUUGUGGGCUCAACUGAUAUCCGCAAUAAGGACAUGGAUC